GCUCUCAAUCUUUCCGAUUUGGUUGGGUCUUCUCCAAGUCUCUGCGAAAAUGGCGGCUUCGGUGCAACCUGCAUGCUUAGACCUCCAUUUCUCCGGAAAGCAUCCUCCGCUUCUUAAACACAACGCUAUUUUCGUCCGCUGUGUUUCUUCUCCAAAUGUAAUUCCCGAAGCUGACUCCAUCUCUGGUCCGCCUGAUAUCAUCAAUACGAGCCGUGACCAGCGCAAAGUGGUUCGUAUCGCUUGGGAGAAGUUGGUUCGAUGGUCUCGUUCUUGGCGCGCUAAAGCUAAAACCGAUGUUCUUGAGCGCACUCGCAAGGUUGUUGUUCUUGGUGGAGGUUCGUUUGGUACUGCAAUGGCUGCUCAUGUAGCUAGAAGGAAAGAGGGAUUAGAGGUUAAUAUGCUUGUUCGUGACUCUUUUGUUUGCCAAUCUAUCAACGAGAACCAUCAUAAUUGUAAGUACUUUCCUGAGCACAAGUUACCUGAGAAUGUGAUUGCUACUACUGAUGCGAAAGCUGCAUUGCUUGAUGCUGAUUAUUGCCUCCAUGCCGUACCUGUGCAGUUCAGCUCUUCGUUUCUAGAGGGAAUUGCCAAUUAUGUCGAUCCAGGAUUGCCUUUUAUAUCUCUUAGCAAAGGUCUGGAGCUUAAUACUCUUAGGAUGAUGUCUCAGAUUAUUCCUACUGCGCUUAAGAAUCCUCGGCAACCUUUUGUUGCUCUUUCUGGCCCGUCAUUUGCUCUGGAGCUGAUGAACAAUUUACCAACUGCAAUGGUGGUUGCCUCAAAAGAUAAGAAAUUGGCCAAUGCUGUUCAGCAGCUUCUGGCUUCUAGUUACUUGAGAAUAAAUACUUCCAGUGAUGUUACAGGCGUGGAAAUUGCCGGUGCCCUGAAGAAUGUUCUAGCAAUAGCUGCAGGAAUUGUUGAUGGAAUGAAUCUCGGUAACAACUCUAUGGCAGCACUUGUAUCACAAGGUUGUUCAGAGAUAAGAUGGUUAGCCACAAAGAUGGGUGCAAAGCCAACUACCAUAACCGGUUUAUCAGGAACUGGGGACAUAAUGCUUACGUGUUUUGUAAAUCUUUCAAGAAACCGAACAGUUGGAGUCAGGUUAGGGUCAGGGGAGACAUUAGAUGACAUACUAACCUCCAUGAAUCAGGUUGCAGAAGGUGUAGCAACCGCUGGGGCAGUGAUAGCAUUAGCACAGAAAUACAAUGUGAAACUGCCGGUUUUGACAGCCGUAGCUAAGAUAAUAGAUAAUGAACUGACCCCGACUAAGGCUGUUCUUGAGCUCAUGAACCUUCCUCAGGUUGAUUCUAGAAGUAUGAGAUGGAACAAUCGUUUUGAGGACCACAUUUCCAAAGAGAUGGCUUUAAGGCGGCGAGAGCUUUGCAUUCGUUUAGAGAUAGCUAAUGAUAGAGAUGAUUCGAAUGUCGUCGUUGAGUUGGCGAAGACGGAGGGAAAGAAACAGAACUUGUUUGUUUCGUCUAAGAAGAAGAUGAUGAAGAGAACCCAACAAUCUGCAAGAGAAACAAAGCAAGAAGCUAAAGAUGCAAGCAAAGCAAAGAGCGGUUUAUUCGCUUCUUGUUCCUUCUCUUCCCUUGGUUUAGAUCCCAAGCUCUCUGACCAGCUCCAAGAAAGGAUGGGUUUUGAAGCUCCUACGCUUGUACAAGCUCAAGCAAUUCCUGUUAUUCUCUCUGGUCGAGAUGUACUUGUUAAUGCUGCAACCGGUACUGGAAAGACUAUAGCGUAUUUGGCACCACUCAUCCAUCACUUGCAGGGUUAUUCUCCUAAGGUUGAUCGUUCUCAUGGAACUUUUGCUUUGGUGAUUGUGCCUACACGGGAACUAUGCCUUCAGGUGUAUGAAACCUUGGAGAAGUUGCUGCAUCGGUUCCAUUGGAUUGUCCCUGGCUAUGUAAUGGGAGGGGAGAAAAAGGCUAAAGAAAAGGCUAGGUUAAGGAAAGGGAUAUCCAUUCUAAUUGCAACCCCGGGACGCCUUCUUGACCAUUUGAAGAACACAGCUUCAUUCGUGCACAAAAAUCUGCGUUGGGUCAUCUUUGAUGAAGCUGAUAGCAUUCUCGAAUUAGGUUAUGGGAAGGAGAUAGAACAGAUAAUUAAGCUUCUAGGUUCAGGGCAAAACGAGCAUGGAGAAGAAGAUGAUAUUGUUCCAAAGGGCAUUCAGAAGCAGAACUUAUUAUUGUCAGCAACAUUGAAUGAAAAAGUUAACGAUCUUGCAAAACUUAGUCUGGACAAUCCAGUAAUGAUUGGUCUUGACAACAGCAAAUUGCAACAAAAUCUAUCAAUAGAGUCUCCUGCCUCUCCUGACUCUGAUGCGGAUGAUAUGGUAAUUCAUGUUAAUAAAUCCGUACACCCUUCAUCUGAGGACUAUGGAAUACCAUCACAGCUAGUGCAGAAAUAUGUUAGAGUGCCAUGUGGUGCACGGCUUGUGGCACUUCUUUCUGUUCUCAAGAACCUUUUUGAAAGAGAAGCUUCUCAAAAGGUGGUCGUAUUCUUUUCGACACGUGAUGCUGUAGAUUUUCAUUACUCACUUCUGAGUGAAUUCCAGUGGCCACCAAAUUCUGAGACAGAAGAGGAGGGGACUAAACAGUUGUUUCUUAAGUGCAAAACGUUCCGGUUACACGGGAGUAUGGAGCAGGAGGAUAGAAGAUCUGCGUUUGGGACUUUUAAAACAGAGAAACAGGCUCUUCUCUUGAGUACAGAUGUUGCUGCUAGAGGCCUGGAUUUCCCAAAAGUAAGAUGUAUUAUACAAUAUGACUGUCCCGGGGAAGCUACCGAGUAUGUUCAUAGAGUGGGUCGAACAGCUCGUAUUGGUGAAAAAGGAGAAGCCUUGUUAUUUCUACAACCGAUUGAAAUAGACUAUCUUAAGGAGCUUAAGAAACAUGGCGCAUCACUUACAGAGUACCCUCUUCUAAAAGUACUUGAUAAAUUUCCCAUACCCGGCAAUAUGCCCCGAAUCAAAAAGGUCAUAUCCCUAGAAUCGCAUCCAUGGGUCAUAUCUCUGCAAAGAGCUCUUGAAUCCUUUAAUUACGUUGAGCCAAAGAUGAAGAGCCUGGCGAAAAAUGCAUUUGUCUCUUGGGUUAGGGGAUAUGCAGCUCACAAGGGAGAGCUCAAGAGCAUUUUCGUGGUGAAGAAGCUUCACUUAGGUCAUGUCGCCAAGAGUUUUGCUCUGAGAGAGCAACCGUCUUUAGUUGGGAAAUCACAUCAUAAGGAAACAAUGAAGAGAAAGAGAGACGAACGUCAAAAAGGGCAACAAGGUAAGAAGAGAAAGAAGAUAGCGGAGGAAGGCCGAGACUGUGACGGUGCCACUGCCACCGCCGAUGAAAGAAGCUCUAGCCAUGGCUGUUGCAAAAUCAAAGAGCCAGGAGAUUCGAGCGAGGGUGUAGACUCAAUCAGCUUUCUGCCUGAUGUGAUCCUCCAAGUUAUCCUCUCCUUAAUUCCGACCAGAUACGCCAUCAGGACUUCCGUCUUGUCCAGACGAUGGAGGCAUGUAUGGUCCUAUAUACCUUCUCUCCAUUUCCGUAAGGACAGACCGGAUGCUAAUUCGAUAAACGAAACCCUAGCUCGCUACAAGGCUCCGAAGAUGAUUAGUUUCCGUAUCUGUACCAGUGACCUCGAUAAUCUUCCUAACAUGGACAGUUGGAUCAAGUUAGCUUUGUCCAGAAACGUGGAGAAUCUGUCGCUGUAUUUGGAGCGGAGUGACUAUAAUAUCCCUGAAUUCCUCUACGUCAAUUCCUCUGUCAAGAAUCUCUGCAUUGAGUCAAUCUAUUCUAAUAUAAUAAUACCCAAAUGCUCUGUGUCUUGGACAUCCCUGAAGAAACUGUCCUUGUGGUGUUGCAAGCUCUCUGAUGAAUCCAUUGCUAAGAUCCUAUUUGGUUGUCAAAUUCUCGAAAGCUUAACGUUGUGUUUCUGCGAGGAACUGAAGGUGCUUGAUCUCAGCAAAUCACCGCGUCUGAAAACAUUAGUAAUUUAUAACGACAGUGUGAAUCCGGGGCCAACGAAGAUUGUGGCACCACAUAUCCAUUGUCUCAGAUUGAGAAACACUCAGUUACCAUGUGAUUUAUUAGUUGAUGUCUCAUCUUUAACCGAAGCUAAACUAGACAUUAGCUAUAACUCCUACCGUGAAAAACUGAACGCUGAUUUACUUCACAUCUUGGUGCUAGAGAGGCUAGACAAGUGUCAGAAUGUAGAGAAGCUUACUUUGGGGGAAAGCUUUCUCGAGAUUUUAUCUCUAGCCGAGCUCCGUGGUGUUCCUUUUCCAAAAUUCAAGGCUAGAGCUUUAACGCUUGAGACCCCGAUCUCUCACUAUGUAAUUCCUGGUAUAGUAAGGGUGCUACAAAACUCUCCUGAAUUAAAGAAGCUAACCCUAAAAUACAGAAGGAGUGAUGGCUUCAUACCGGGCGUCUAUAUUGACGAAAACCUGCGUUCUCAUGGCUUGGAUACGGAUAAAUGCUGGAGCUCGGAAGCUAGAGUCUUCAAAGACAUUUGCCCCUUGAGAGCAUACUCUUUGUUUCUACAACUUGUGCUUAAAACCACAGAGACAUUAGAGAAGAUGGUCGUAAUGUUAGAACCUUAUUUUAUAGCAAAAGGUAAAGAGAUUCACAACAAAUGCUUACCAGCAAAAUCUAAGCCAAGUCUUGAAAUCAAUAUCGUUUUUUGCGGUGACGAUGCAGAUAUGCGUUUCAAGCUUCACGACGUUGACAUUCGUCGGGGCCUUUCUUGUUUAGCUGAUUCUUACAUUUCUCCGGCAUCGGUAAAUUCAGGAAUCAGAGCUCUAAUUCAGAAAGGAGAGUAUUUACAAGCUCUGCAUUUAUACACUAAGCAUGAUGGUUCUUCUCCUUUGUGGACUUCCGUUUUCACAUAUCCUUCUCUUCUUAAAGCUUGCUCUUCUCUUACUAAUCUCAGCUAUGGAAAAACCAUUCAUGGUUCGAUCAUCGUGUUGGGUUGGCGAUAUGAUCCUUUCAUUGCAACCUCGCUUGUCAAUAUGUAUGUAAAAUGUGGUUUUUUAGAUUAUGCCGUCCAAGUGUUCGACGGUUGGUCUCAGAGUGGAGUUUCUGCGCGGGAUGUUACUGUUUGGAACUCUAUGAUUGAUGGGUACUUCAAAUUUCGAAGAUUUAAGGAAGGGGUUGGUUGUUUUCGUCGGAUGCUGGUGUUGGGUGUUAGACCUGAUGCUUUCUCGUUAUCCAUUGUUGUAAGUGUUUUGUGUAAAGAAGGAAAGUUUAGGCGGGAAGAGGGGAAACAGAUUCAUGGGUAUAUGUUAAGGAAUUCGUUAGAUGGUGAUUCUUUCUUGAAAACUGCUUUGAUUGAUAUGUAUUUCAAGUUUGGUUUAUCGACAGAUGCGUGGAGAGUUUUUCUGGAGAUUGAGGAUAAAUCGAAUGUUGUACUAUGGAAUGUGAUGAUUGUUGGGUUUGGUGGUAGUGGGAUCUGUGAAUCUAGCUUGGAGUUGUAUAUGCUUGCAAAGAGUAACAGUGUCAAGCUUGUUUCCACUUCAUUUACUGGAGCUCUUGGUGCGUGUAGUCGAAGUGAGAAUUCUGGUUUCGGUAGGCAGAUCCAUUGCGACGUUGUGAAGAUGGGACUUGACAAUGACCCUUAUGUUUCUACUUCUCUACUGUCAAUAUAUUCAAAAUGCGGUAUGGUUGGUGAGGCAGAAACUGUAUUCAGUUGCGUUGUGGAUAAAAGACUUGAGAUAUGGAAUGCUAUGGUUGCUGCUCACGCAGAGAAUGAUAAUUGGUACUCUGCUUUGGAAUUGUUUGGUUUCAUGAGACAGAAAAGUGUCUUGCCUGAUUCUUUUACCUUGUCGAAUGUUAUAUCCUGUUGCAGCAUGUUUGGAUUGUAUGACUAUGGCAAAUCAGUCCACGCGGAACUGUUUAAGAGACCGAUACAAAGUACGCCUACAAUAGAGAGUGCUUUACUCACUCUGUACUCCAAAUGUGGAUGUGAUACUGACGCUUACUUAGUCUUCAAAUCAAUGGAAGAAAAAGAUAUGGUUGCGUGGGGCUCCCUGAUCUCAGGACUUUGCAAGAAUGGGAAAUUCAAAGAGGCAUUGAAAGUUUUUGGGGACAUGAAAGAUGAUGAUGAUAGAUUGAAACCUGAUUCUGAUAUUAUGACGAGUGUUAUAAACGCAUGCGCCGGAUUAGAGGCUCUCAGUUUUGGCCUUCAGGUUCAUGGCAGCAUGAUUAAAACUGGGCUAGUGCUUAAUGUUUUUGUUGGCAGCUCCCUUAUUGAUCUGUAUUCUAAGUGCGGCUUACCAGAAAUGGCUCUCAAAGUUUUCACUAGCAUGCGACCGGAAAACAUUGUUGCCUGGAAUUCAAUGGUAUCUUGCUACAGCCGAAACAACCUUCCAGAACUGUCGGUAGAACUUUUCAAUCUGAUGCUCAAUCAAGGUAUCUUCCCAGAUUCAGUAUCCAUCACAAGUGUCCUUGUAGCAAUCUCAUCGACUGCAAGCUUGCUAAAAGGGAAAAGUUUACAUGGUUAUACAUUAAGACUCGGCAUUCCUUCGGAUACUCACCUGAAAAACGCUUUGAUUGAUAUGUAUGUUAAGUGCGGGUUUUCGAAAUAUGCAGAGAAUAUCUUCAAGAAAAUGCAGCAUAAGAGCAUGAUCACUUGGAACUUAAUGAUAUAUGGUUAUGGAUCCCAUGGAGAUUGUAUUACAGCAUUGAGUCUGUUUGAUGAGAUGAAAAAAGCAGGAGAAUCGCCUGAUGAUGUAACAUUCCUGUCUCUGAUUUCAGCCUGCAAUCAUUCCGGUUUUGUGCAGGAAGGUAAAAACAUUUUUGAGAGCAUGAAACAAGACUAUGGAAUCGAACCAAAAAUGGAGCAUUAUGCAAAUAUGGUGGAUCUUCUAGGACGAGCAGGUCGCCUCGAAGAAGCUUACAGUUUUAUAAAAUCAAUGCCUAUUGAAGCAGACAGUAGCAUAUGGCUCUGCCUCUUAUCUGCCUCAAGAACUCAUCAUAAUGUAGAACUUGGGAUAUUGUCUGCUGAGAAGUUGUUGAGAAUGGAACCGGAAAGAGGCAGUACCUAUGUUCAGCUAAUCAAUCUUUACAUGGAAGCGGGAUUGAAGAACGAAGCAGCAAAGCUGUUGGUUGAGAUGAAGGAGAAAGGCUUGCAGAAACAACCUGGUUGCAGUUGGAUUGAAGUUAGCGAUAUAUCUAAUGUUUUCUUUUCAGGAGGUUCAUCUUCUCCAAUAAAGGCUGAGAUCUUCAAUGUAUUGAAUAGGUUGAAGAGUAAUAUGGUAGAUGAGGACAAGGCUACUUGAACAAGAUAACAUUCUGAAUUGAUGAUGUUUUUACAUCACUUCUACUUCUCAGAAGAAACACUCUCUUUUUGGCAGUGUAGACUGUAGAGUAAAAAUAGAGACACUCUUAAGGUUUAAAAUGAAUGAGAUAUUACAAA